AUGACCGCGGAAGAACUUCGUCGUCUUUCUGAGCAUAAGUACUCUGCUGUCGAUACAAGUUGGUUGGACGAACUUUGUAUGAAGUAUUUUUGGGAUUGGAUAGUGAAAUUUUAUCCCUUAUGGUUAGCACCAAAUCUCAUUACGUUAAUUGGUUUGAUUGUCAAUCUUGUGACUGUAUUGAUCCUAUCUUAUUAUUCUCCGACUGCACGAGAAGUUGCACCAUCCUGGGCGUACGCUUUGGCGGCGUUUGGAUUGUUUGUCUAUCAAACUCUAGAUGCCACUGAUGGGAAGCAAGCGAGGCGUACAGGGGCUGCGUCGCCGCUCGGGGAACUGUUCGAUCAUGGCUGUGACUCAAUAUCGCAGGUAUUCGUUACACUUAAUGUCGCAUAUGCCAUGCGUCUUGGAGAUGUGAGAUGUGGCACAUUUUUCGUAGUGAUUCUCGCCGUGUCGCUUUUCUACUGCGCACAUUGGAGUACGUUUUCAAAGUUCGAUGUUACUGAAGCUCAAAUGACUAUCAUUGCUCUUCUUUUGAUCACAGCUGUUCUUGGCCCAAACAUCUGGACAAUCGGUGUAGUAGGUUACCAACUGCGUCACGUUCUUUUGUUUGGUGCAUUUAUUGCUGGUAUUUAUCAGGCUUCGUCGUAUCUGAGCGUAAUUUUCACAGGAGGGGUUGGUAGAAAUGGAUCUACGGUAGCUGGGACAUCCGUUUUAUUUCCUGUGUGUCCACUUUUGGCCUGUGUAGUGCCAUUUUGUAUGAUCUAUAGCAAAUCACAUAGCGCUGUUUUUGACGAAUGCGUUACGUUAUUCGUGUUAUGUUUUGGUGCUGUAUCGGCAAAGGUAUAUCCGACGAUGAAAUUAGUGAAACGAGGUGAUGGUAUUGCUCAGGCAACAAAUCGACUAAUCGUAGGACAUAUGAGUCGUAGCGAACUUGUUCUUUGGGACUGGAUAUAUCUAGGUCCAAUGGCAUUGAUGCUCAAUCAAUACUACGACUUUUGGAUUUCUGAAGAGAAACUCUUGGUUUGGGUUACAUGCUAUGCGUACAUUUCUUUGUUCGUAUACUGUUGUAUUAUCACUCGUCAGAUAUGUUAUCAUAUGAAAAUUCAUUGUUUUAAAGUUCCUGGUAAAAGCUCCCAAAUGUGA